UCUCUGCUGCCCUGGACCUUUAGGCUUGUCUUGGCCCGUUUGAAGACCAGGAAGUUGAUAAGUCGCGAGGCUCGCUGCUGAGAGACGGUGGCUCGGGUGGGACAGUCGCCAGGGAUGGCGGAGUGUAAGGAUGGAGCGGGUGUCCGGACUGCUCUCCUGGACGCUGAGCAGAGUCCUAUGGCUGUCGGGCCUCUUUGAGCGGGGAGCUGCCCGGCAGCCCCGGAUCAUGGAAGAGAAAGCGCUAGAAGUUUAUGAUUUGAUUCGAACUAUCCGGGACCCAGAGAAACCCAAUACUUUAGAAGAACUGGAAGUGGUAACGGAAAGUUGUGUGGAGGUUCAGGAGAUAAAUGAAGAAGACUAUUUGGUUAUUAUCAGGUUCACGCCAACAGUACCUCAUUGCUCUUUGGCGACUCUUAUUGGGCUGUGCUUAAGAGUUAAACUUCAGCGGUGUUUACCGUUUAAACAUAAGUUGGAAAUCUACAUUUCUGAAGGAACCCACUCAACAGAGGAAGAUAUCAACAAGCAGAUAAAUGACAAAGAGCGAGUGGCAGCUGCGAUGGAGAACCCCAACUUACGGGAAAUCGUGGAACAGUGUGUCCUUGAACCUGACUAAUAGCUGUUUUAAGAGCCACUGAACUGGAAUCAUUUGAUAUAUUUGUUUAAACUCUUUGUAAAAUGUAAAAGACUCAUGUUUAAUACGUAGGUGAUUUGUACCUCAGUGCAUUUUUUUAAAGGAUGAUUUCCAAGCAAGAUUUAAUUAUAAGGUAGUACCUAGUUUGUUCAGUGUUUAACAUUCUCAGGAUUUGUAACACUUAAAUGAUCAGACAGAAAAAUAUUUUCUAGUAAUUAUGUGUCAGAUGAGUUGCUAUUUUUCUGAUGCCCAUUCUGAUACAACUGCUUUUCACAUCAAAUACUUACUGUGCCCAAAUAUAUUCAGUUUAAAUCAUUACUCUGUAAAUAAAUAAAACAGAGGUGA